UCGCACACAUGCUCACACCAGUUAAAAGGGGUCCUGGGACAGGAGCCGUCUGCCAAUCAGCUGCAGGGGACGGAGAGAGAGAGACAGAGAGAGACAGAGAGAGAGUGAGAGGAGGGACGGCACUGAUUCUCUGACUGCCACUGACCCAGCACUGACUGGCUCAGGACUGAACAGAACAUAGAGGCAGAGGAAGAAAGGGGAGAAGGGAGAGCAGAGGAAUACAGAGAAAGAGAGAGAAGCCAGUCUGAGAGAGGAGAGGAGAAAUGCCACAGAACGUGGUCCUGGACGGACCUGCCCCCUGGGGAUUUCGCCUCGCGGGAGGCAAGGACUUCAACCAGCCCCUGACCAUCUCCAGGGUAACCCCUGGUAGUAAGGCCUCACUGGCAAACCUGUGCCCAGGUGAUGUCAUCCUUGCAAUAGAAGGGGAGCCAGCAGAUGGCCUGACCCAUGGCGAAGCCCAGCUAAAGAUCAAAGACUUCACCAACCAGCUCACCUUCAAGAUUGAGAGACCCCAAUCCUGGCUCUGGUCCCCCGCGGUUGCCACCGACGACGGUAAAGUGAACCCGUUCAAAAUCAACCUGGAGGCUGAACAGCAAGAGUUCAAACCGAUCGGCACAGGGCACAACCGGAGAGCCCAGCCAUUUGUGGCCGCCAGCCUGGAGGACAACCGGCAGGUGGUGAGCUCGUCCUACAACACACCCAUAGGCCUCUACUCCGCGGGAAACAUCCAGGAUGCCCUCCACGGACAGAUCCGGGGCCUCCCCCAUGACAAGCCAGAGGGCAAAGCACAAGGGCUCAUGGGAAAUGCAGUUCAGGGUGGCAGCAAUCUCCCCCAGUCCAUCACUCAACCGGUUGCUCACCCCAACCCGGUCCUUGCCACCUCUGCUCAGUAUAACUCACCCAUUGCUUUGUACUCGGAGGCCAACGCCGAAAGCGUUCAACAGCAGGCUCAGAUGUCUGCUGUCGAGGAGCACUCGUCACCAAGUGGAAAAAUGCUGUCAUCCAUUGAGGACUCCCAUGUAUACCGCAUGCUCCAGGACAACCAGGACCUGCCCCACGAGCCCAGGCAGUCCGGCUCAUUCAGAGCUCUCCAGGACUACAUUGAGAGCGAUGGCAGCAGGCCCCUGGUGACCAGAAGUGUACGAGCUCCAGUGACGAAGCCCUCCCCGGCAGCCAGCAUACUGUCCAAGCUGCCGCUGUGUGAUAAAUGUGGCCAAGGCAUUGUGGGCCCCGUGGUGAAGGCCCGGGACAAGUUCCGCCACCCGGCUUGUUUCCUGUGCGCCGACUGUAAUAUCAACCUGAAGCAGAAGGGCUACUUCUUCGUGGAGGGCCAGCUGUACUGCGAGGCGCACGCCCGGGUCCACACGGUGCCUAAGGAUGGUCACGACCUCAUCACUGUUUAUCCUUCCAAUUAAGACAACACAGACAAAACAAUCAGACAAACACAGACAUGUAGACAACGCUAAAGCAGUGACUGUUUGGAUUACAAACACUGCACAGGGUAGGAGUGCUUCAUAACAUUACAGGGAUUCCCAGGUCUUUUGAAAAGCUGGUAGAGUAAGUUGAAUGAGGAAGCGUUUGUGUAUGUAUGUUCACUGCCAAUAAAGCUACUGCCAUCUCAACUUUUGGGACACCUACCAUGCAGUACACAACUACGCCCUGUUAAAUUCAGAAUUUAAAUUGCUUAAUGCAAUCCUGAAAGGACUUUGAGACUGCAAAUUAUUGAGAGGCUUGGAUGAUUGUAAUUAGUAUGAGGCAGUUUGUUACCAGUGACUUUGGUGAAGCUAUUGAGGCCAUGUUUUAUAAAUGUUUCGUGUGUUAAUGUGUUGGGAUUAAGGUUUCACUGCUAUCGUGACAAAGGGAAUGCGUGAUACUGUAUUCUGAGACAAAGCUCAAUACCACUGCAUGCAUGAGUUUUUAACUUCAUGUCAUUUUCUCUAGUUAGUGCCUUCAACAUGUGCAAAGACUUUCUUUCCCAGGAAAUGUCUUUCUUUGAUUUUCUAUGAUUUCUUUGAUUUGAUUUCAUGUCACGCCUUUGCAGUAGACUAGCACCAAAAUAAAUGCAUUUUAACCUUUAA